AUGGCAACAUCUACAAACCCUCCGGAUAACCAGAACAGAACGAACCCCGUCGCCCCCGGACCCGCGACAGUCUUUCAAUUUCAGAAGGAGACGACCCCCUCAGGCCCAAGCACGGGAGAGGUCAUGGUCCUCCCCUUCACCCCCAAGAAGAAAAGGCGCUUCGGAGAAGCCCUCGGUAUGGACAAAAUGCCCACACCCAGCUUCAACAGAGCAAAACCAAGCACAGCGGCGACAUCGACCGCAGCGCAGACAGCCUCGAGAGGCCUCAUCGCCUCCAUUUUCAGCGGUGCAAAGGAAGCCACCGACCCAAGCAAAGAGGGGAAAUCACUCACCAAAAACAAAAUCAUGAGCCAAAUCAACGAGAUCAACGCCCAACAACGGGCCAGACAAGACGUGGUAUUGAAUAUAGCUAUGGCUAUCGACUCCUGCCUGGCGCAAUACACAUCCCAACUCUCCUCAGCGGUGGCAGAACAGGUCCGAACAUGCCUGAACACCGCACUCGAAAACUUCGUCACCUCCCACAUCAACCCAGAGGGGAGGCCCAAAAACCCUGAAAAAAUGGGCAGCAAGGAAAGAGCUGCCCAACCAUCUGAGACAGCGUCAGCCAACUCAUCUCGCAGCGAGGAAGGCAAAUCAAACGGCCCCAAGAACCCCACCACAACGGGACCUCCCGCAGCCACUGGAAAAGUGGGCCAGAAGGCCCCCAAGGUCACGUGGGCACAGGUCGCGUCGCGGAACACCACUCACAACAAAAAGCCGCAAAAUGACAGCAACACCCAGAAGAAUCCUGCUCCCAGCAGCGAGGGGCCGGCCCCCGCUGACAGAAAACAGAACAAAGACAAA